GAACAAAUGCAUAAUAAAACAAAUGAAAAUAUUGAUAUCAAUGUUUAUAAUAUUUUGAACCAAAUUAAAUUGACGUCUCAAAUAAAUGUUCAAAAUAAUAAGUCUAUUCAAAUAGAAAAAGAACAACAAAGCCUUAUAGAUUCUCAGAAAAAGAAUAUGAUUUAUUAUAUGUUAUUUAAUAAGUUAUCAAAAAUAAAUACUAAAAAGAAAUCAAUAACUUUAAAUACUUUAAUAAUUGAACUAAAUGAACAACAUAAUAUUCAAAUAAAUAAACAAAGUCUUAUUUCAAUAAUGAAUAAUUUUGGAUUUAAACAACAAAAAACUGUUAAACUACCACUUAAAAUAGAAUUGAAUAAAGAAAAAAUAAUUAAAAUGGUACAAACAUUACAUCAAUAUAAUAGUAUUAAUGCUUCAUGGAUAUUUACAUUUGAUACUUAUGAUUUUAGACUUUUUGUUGGUAAUUCCGAAGAAAGUAUUAUUCACAAAGAUACUGAUAAAAGUAUAGAAUUAUAUGUUGGAAGAGAAACAAGAAAUUCUACAAUUGCAUUUUGUGUUUCAGGAAAUGGUCAAUGUUUUCCUCCUUUAUGUUGUGUUCAAACAGAACAAAUGAGUAAAGAAUUAGAAAAACAGAUUCAUGGUAUUCACCAUGAAAUAGGAAGUAAUUUUAUAACAAAAAAUUCAAUAAUCAAUUAUUUAAAAAAUAUUUUCAUUCCAACUGUUCAACGAAUUAAAGAACAUAAAGAAUAUAAAGGUUCUUCAAUAUUAAUUCUUCCUCAUUUCUUUAAAAAGAUAAUACAAGACCAAACUUUAUUCAAUCUAUUUAAUGAAAAUAAAAUUUUUAUAGAAUUUAUUAAUGAACAUUUAUGGUAUUAUACUCCUUUAGAACGAAUAUUUAGAAAUAUAACAAAUGAUAUUAUUUUAAAAGAUAUUGAUCUAUGUAAAACAGAGACAAGAAUAACUGUUUUAGGAAAGAAAAAGUUAUUACUUUAUUUCAUAGAUAGAUUAUGUAAUAGAGAUGUUAUUUCUAGAGAAUUUUUCAAUUCUAGAUUUAUUUAUGGUUUCAAUUAUCUUUCUAUUGAAAAUGUAGAACUUGAACUUUCAUAUAUUCUUAAUCAAAAUAAUACCUUAAUUAAAAUAAAUUUACCAUCAAAUAUAACAGAAGAUCCUUUUAUAAAUCUUUUUUCAUUAAAUAAAAUUAAUCCAUUUUAUCAAGAUGUUAUUCGACUCACUUUAAAAAGCAAUGAAUUUCAAAAAUGUCAAACAAAAAAACUACAAAAUGAAUUUCUUAUUCAUAAAUUUGGAACUGAAAUUAUUCCAAGUAUUGACUAUUUAAUCCCACACGAAAUUGAUAUUUCUGAACCACAAAAACGACUACUUAGUAAAUAA